ACUUAUCUUCCAUACUGCCAACACCACACUCUCGUCAGGUUAAGCUUCCUGCAGAUAUUCUUCUCCUCCUACGUCAGUUAUUAAUCACAGGUAAUCAGAAUGGGAACGCUACGAGAGUCAAAGAUGUGCAUCGUUGUGUUAGUGAUGACAGCUCUGGUGACAACGCUUCUCUCUCUGGCACUCAACUUCUCACCAUCAUCCUUAAUUAACUGGUUGCCGCUCCAGCAACUGGAUCUUCAAGCAGUCUUCAAUCAAACCUUCACUAAUUAUCAAGCGGACAUGAGCGAGCGAUCACGGAAAAAAUGAAACUGCAGCUCCUACUUCAGAGAGUAAACCCACGUUGGACUUCGAGGUGACACGACGGCUGGUGGAGACGAACUUGAGGGACGCUUACUUUUUCUUCUCAAACCAACUAAAACAACUUUACUCUAGUAACACGAAAAUGAAGCCAGAAGACUUCAAGAACCUCCAGAAGGAAGGUGCAGAGCGCAUCAGGAUUCUUCAGUACGACUUACGGAGGCUGGGUCAGGUGGGAGACGAGGAAGGCAGCUGGAGGCAGCGAGAGGCUAAAGAGUUGAGUGAGGAGAUACAGCAACGUUUACACCGUCUGCAGCAUCCACCUGACUGUGCCACUGCAAAGAAACUUCUCUGUGAUCUCAACGCGCCAUGUGGUUUUGGCUGCGAGAUACAUCACCUCAUCCACUGCUUCAUGGCAGCCUAUGAGAAAAAUAGAACACUCAUCCUGAACUCUGCUGGCUGGCGUUACUCCCCCAAGGGCUGGGAAACUGUCUUCCAACCUUUCAGUGAAACAUGCACCAACUUCUCAGCGAAAAAUAUGACUAACUGGCCUGGUACAAAUGAAUCACAAACGGUGCGCUUUCCCGAUUUCUACACCAUGAUUCCACCUCCAGUAAACCUGCCAUUAGCCAUCCCACAAGACAUCUCUGAACGGCUGAUUCGCCUUCAUGGCAGUCCGGGCGUCUGGUGGGUGGGUCAGUUUAUCAAAUAUUUCUUCAAAUUACACCCGUACGUGAAAGAGAUGAUCAACAAUACCCAGAAAGCAAUUCAGUUUCAACAUCCUAUUGUGGGUGUACACGUCAGACGAACUAAUAAAUACACUGAAGCACGUUUCUAUAACGUUGAUGAUUACAUGGAACAAGCAGAGGAAUACUUUGCUGGACUCGAGAUCUUCAACCCAAAUGUUACACGAAGGAUCUACUUGGCUUCCGAAGAACCCAAAGUCUACGAGGAAGUCAAACUAAAGUAUCCUCACUACAAGAUUCUCUACCAUCAGAAGAAGAUAGAUGUAGUUCAAAUGAGCACACGACGCUCUCUGACCUCUCUCAGAGAUCUCCUGGUUGAUAUACACUUCUUGACCCAUUCAGACUACGUCAUUCUCACUUUCUCUUCCAAUAACAAAUUUGACCAUAGAACAAGGUAAGAAGCUGAUGUCACCCUCCUGGUCCCACGACUUCCGUAACGACCUCUACCUUCCUUACAAGACAAGCGAGAAGACAGUCGCUAUUCCUUACUACAAGCUGGAAAAUGUAGUCGAUGUUGUCAACGUGGAUUCCCCUUGAUCUGGGAUAAAUGGUAUCAGGAAAGUCUCCAACUGAAUGUUGUUAAAUACUUGUCCUUAUCAGUUAGUACGGUAUUACAUGUAAUGACUAAGUUAGUUACCAUAAGGACUGAAGGAGGCUCAGUCCCAUUACUUUUUAAUCCUAAGACUCCCUGAAUUAUUGUAAUAUUUCAUCUUAUGCCGUAAGAGCGACUACGUCACUGUGAAGCGUCUUCUGAUGCUUUGAGUGAUAACGCUAGUUGGCAUUUCAUAGAUAACACACAUAUGAUGCGCUGCUGCGCAUCAUAUGUGUGUUUUUGUACAAGCAGUCUAAACAAGUUAGAAUUAAAAUUCACAAUUAUUACAGACACAGGUUUAGACUACUGGCCUGCACACCUGGCAGUAAUGCACAGGAGUAGACUACUGGCCUGCACACCUGGCAGUAAUGCACAGGAGUAGUCUACUGGCCUGCACACCUGGAAGUAAUGCACAGGUGUAGACCACUGGCCUGCACACCUGGCAGUAAUGCACAGGUGUAGACUACUGGCCUACACACCUCGCAGUAGCAUAAUAACCACUUAGGAACAAACAAAGAGGCAGCAGAGAGAAUAAAUGACUGCAUUUCCUUCACAAAAAUAAGCUGGUAUUACAGUGUUUAGCCGAUGUACAGUAUUUACAACUAUGUACACUGAGGUGAAUGUGUUCACAAGACACGGUGAGAACCGUAGUGACCAGCUGCUUCACGAGUCUCCUACGUCGCUUCACAGCUUCGACAGACUUCCUUGUGAGUGACUGGUUGAACCAAGUUACUGUUAUAACGAUAUAGCCGCUGCUUAUUCAACCCUUAGCACCUGGUCGACUGGUCGGGAGGCAGCCUAUAUGCGUGAGUGACGUAGGCCUAAUAUAAUGUAACGAACUUUUAGCAUGCCACAACAUUAUA